GUAGAGGUUGGAACCUGCCAAAAAUUCCAAUCUCAGCACUAUGGAGGUCUCGACGAAUAUAUAUUCCUAAAUUUCAUGAUAUUCUCAGAAUUAUUGAGUUUUUAAGCAAACUGUACGAAAUGUAUACCGUUAAAAUUUUCAAUCCAAAGGAAGCUUUAACUAACUUUUGA